AUGGAAGGUCCGUUGCAAAAUAAGAAUAGCCUCACCCAGUACCUCCGAAGAGCCCGUCGCCUCUUUAAUGAAGAGGGUGUGGGCUACCCGGCGAACUGCUCAGUGGAUGAGGCCACCUUCAUGAUGGUCAGCUUAUCUUCGCCUAAUUUGGCACGUCUGGUGGCCGUAUCUUUGCAUUGCAGGACAUUCUACACUUUCCGGCUACAACCCAAACCUUGCGACAGGUCAAUCAUGGCAGAAGGAGCCUCCGUCUGCGAUGUUACUACGGAGGCCAUCAACAAAAUUGCCAUACGCGUCGAUUAUCGCGCACUGCUGUGCUUUAACCAAAGCCGCAUGACGACCAUCGACCCAGGCUACGACUAUCGGAAUUGUAUCUGCGUCAUUCCAACCUACUGCUCGGCAGGGGCGUCCGCUUCUGGCCUGAUGCCAACACUACCGGAGUCCCGAAUUUCACGCAAGCCCGCGUGGUCUAUGAUCGAUAAUACUAAGUUCUGCACACUACGGAGCAAUCUGGCAGCAAUGGACGUUUUUGGCUGGAGGAAUGAAAAUGUACGGAUCGGCCUCAAUUCAUUCCGUUUUUCCAAAGGCCAAAAUGGCCUCUUUAUUCCUUAUAAGGAAUAUAUUACUUACAAAAAACACUGGCCCUCACACGGGCAGCAGGAUCCCACGAAUCAUUGGGUAUAUCGUUUCGGGACGCAUCAUUUACAUGUAAAUACAUAUGCAAACGAAGGUACAUCAGUUGACCAGGGGCAUAUCGAGCUCUUCAUCUACGGGCUCAAGGGCGACUACGUCAACGGUACCUUCAUGGUCCAGAAGUGCAACUUGGGGUUCAGGGGCAUCGAGGCAAUUGAGUCUGAUACCCGUACGGUGCUUUCCGGUGCCAGUGCAUGCAUCAAGAUGCGUUUCUCUGCCCGCCAUGCAUCGCUGCGUGCCUUUGCCUUCCUCUUUACCAUUUGUGAAUAUCUUUUCUGGUACUUAAUACACGCGUGUGUGUUUUGUUGCCGAUUGUGA